AUGGAGAGCGAGAUUGGUUCCGGGGAAGCGGCGAACCCUGCCGCGUCCGUACUCUUGGCUAUUGUUGGGUUUGCCGCUCGGACUACCUGGGUAGGAGGGCUGAUACUGCUCUGUAUGGUAGUGCUUGUCUGGUACUUUCAAGAAAAAUUACUCUUCUAUCCGGGUGUGCCUCAAGGGUUUGAAACACCAGAUAAGAAUCCUAAAGGACUCCGCAGCCCUGCCGAGCGAGGUUUGCCCUUCGAGGAGCUAUGGCUAAGGACGGUUGAUGGUGUGAAACUUCAUUGCUGGCUCAUCAAACAGAAGCUACCACAAGUUUCGGCUCAUGCACCGACUUUGAUCUUCUUCCACGGGAACGCCGGCAAUGUGGGGUUUCGGCUGCCAAAUGUCGAACUUCUGUAUAAGCACGUCGGCGUAAACGUCUUGAUUGUCUCGUACCGAGGGUAUGGAUUCAGCGAAGGAUCUCCGACCGAGGCUGGCGUCUACAGAGACGCAGAAGCAGCACUGGAUAUGUUAGUUGAGAGGCAAGAAGAGCUACAAAUCGAUGCGAAAAGGAUCUUCCUUUUUGGACGGAGUCUUGGUGGCGCCGUGGCGAUCGACUUAGCGGUGCAGAAGCCUCACCAGGUUCGAGGCGUCAUUGUGGAGAACACCUUCACUUCGCUGCUGGACAUGGUCUUGAUCGUUUUUCCGCUUCUUCGGCCGUUUCAGCGCAUUGUGAAAGUUUUGCAGAGACUGUACAUGGACAAUGGGGAAAAAGUCCAGAGGCUCCGACUGCCAAUCUUAUUCAUCAGCGGACAGAAAGAUGAGCUAGUGCCCACCCGGCACAUGAAAAGACUUUUUGAACUCUGCGCUUCUCCACUCAAGGAGAAAGAAGACGUGCCUCUUGGCGCGCACAACGACACUUGGGAGUGGGCGAUUGGCGGUAAAAGCUACUACGACCGCAUCGCAGCCUUCAUUCAGCAUGCGCUCCAAUUCGACUACCAGCCGUCCCGGCAGCAAAGUGACGACGCACGUCUUCAGCGUCGCCCCUCCUCACCGGACGCUCCGGCCAUUCCGUCACCCUCGAAAUCCGGGGUACCGGCGCAAGCGGAGAAGGAGGAUAUGCACGGUCUCCCGCUCUCUGUCACGCCGAUGGAUGCGGCAGUCAUGCCUUCGAGUGCGUCCGACUCCCUGCUUCCAAAAGGCACGGCUGAGGAAGAGAACCCGCCAUCCAAAAAUCUCUCGUGCUCACCCACCUCUCUCGACUUGCCGACUGCAUCAGUAGCUGCGCGUGAAGUUGUCGCUGCGGCUGCCUCUGCCGCCUCCUCUGCAGCCGCGAAAGCUGCGUCUGCCUUCUCUCCAGUCGCGGCAGGGGUUCCUGGGUCGGCAACCGGAGCAGAGCGGGGCGGUGAAGGAAGUGAAACGUUCGGCGCAGUUCAACGAGACGGGGCGAAUGGCGGCUUGCGCCAUCGGGCCGUGGGCGCGACUUGUGAAGGGUCUGAAUGCGGAAAAGAAGACCUGUGA